AAGCCUCCGAGCUCCGGACUGAAAAUAGAUCAUUUGUUAUCGAGAUUUUUCAGUGAAAGUACGUGAAAAAAAGAAAAAAUAAAAAUGCAAAUUACGUGGGACAUCAUUCUCAUCGGCGUCGGUGUCUUGUUUGCACACUUACUCAUCCUGUAUUUCGUGACAAAGAAGAGGAAAGACAUCAGGGGGAGACAUGUCGUCGUUACUGGUGGAUCAUCGGGGAUUGGCCUCUGGAUUGCCGUGUAUUGUGCCAAAUUGGGUGCUAACGUUACAAUUGUUGCGCGCAACUUGAAGUGGCUCGAAAAGGCAAAGCUCUUGAUUGAGGAGAACAAAUUGACAGAAGCUCAGCGUGUCGAGAUAAAAUCUCUCGACUUAUCCAAGAGUUAUGACGACGUCUCAAAGGGAUUUGCCGAAAUUGAGCAAACACUCGGUCCGAUUUACAUGCUUGUCAACUGUGCCGGUUUCGCGUUAUGCGGUCGCAUGGAAGAAAUUGCCAUUGAAGACGCAAAAAUGAUGAUGGAUGUCAAUUAUUUCGGGACUUUUUACCCAACGCGAUACGUUCUCCCGAAAAUGCGUGAAGCGCAAGACGGAAUAAUCGUCAUUACCGCAAGCCAAGCAGCUCUUAUGGGAAUUUUCGGGUAUUCAGCUUAUUCGGCAUCGAAAUUCGCACUUCGGGGCUUGGCAGAAACGAUUGCCAUGGAAGCGAAACAAGACGGAGUCUCGGUAACUUUAGCUUUGCCAGCAGAUACUGACACACCGGGCUUCGAGCGAGAGAAUAAAGAAAAGCCAGAAGAGACGAAAAUCAUUUCGGGUGGCGGAGGAUUGGCUCAACCGAAAGAUGUGGCGGAGAAAAUUGUGAAAGACGCGUUGAAAUGUAACUUUUUCUCGAUUCUUGUUGAAUCGUGGGUAUUGAGUUGCAUUUCGGUGGGAGCUUCGCCAUGGUCAGGACCGUUCUUGACACUCUUUCACGUUCUUAUCGCAGGUCCGUUGCGACUUGUAGCGCUCGGUAUUCAGUGGCAUUGUCAGUAUGUGAUCAAAACAUGCAGAAACAAGAAAAAAGAUUGAAAUUUUAUCGAUUAUCACAUUCCAGCCUUAUUGUAUUGUAGAUUGUAGGUGAGAUCAAAGGUCAUAUCAGGUAUCGACAAGAAUAUUUUUGCUUUGAAAAAAAAUAAUUUUAACUUUUUUAUCGUGAUUUUAGUGAAAAUUUUUUUUGAAAAAAUAAUUUAAAAAAUUAUUGAAACUUUUUUAAAAUUUAUUUAAAAUGUUCGAUAUUUAUUUAUUUUUUUU